AUGAAAUAGUUUGUCAGCCCAUAGGAUAUGCUUAAUAAAUUUAGAAACCCUCAUGAAAUUUAUACACAACAAACAGAUUUUUAUUACGACCCAUAAAGCGAUGCAAACAUACCAAAAAUUUUAUAAGUAUUACUAAUUUUAAGUAAAAGCAAUCAAUCAAUUUUUUUGAUGAUGAAAUAAGUAAAAAAACAAAAGAUAAAUUAAUAGAGGAGUUAAGAUAGAACAUUAUUCGUUGGUUAAAACUAUAUUAAUCAGUUGAGUAGGAAUUUGCUGGAGAAUUGGCAGUUUUUGGAUCCUAUAGAUUUGGAGCAAAUGGAAAAGACAGUGACAUUGAUUUGAUAAUAUUGGCUCCCCCUUAAAUAGAUAGAGAACUUCAUUUUUUUUAACAACUGCCUUCAAUUUUGAGUUCUAAUUCAAAAGUGACAAAUUUGUAUUGUAUUUAAGAAGCUAUGGUUCCUUUGAUUAGAUUUAAAUUUGCAGGUUUUUAAAUAUUCAUACUAUAAUAUAGGAAUACAAUUCGACCUAGUAUUUGCAUGUGUUAAAAAGAUAAUGAAGCCUUUAAGUCAGAGCGAUCCGGUUGAUGAGAAAUCUAGCAGGUCUCUAAAUGGAUUAAAAGUAAGUGAUUACUUUUCAAAAUACUGUCAUUAAAAAUCUUAUUUAUCCUUUCUGAAGUUUAUUAAAGCUUGGGCAAUCAAUAGAGGUAUCUAUGGGAAUGUGAUGGGUUAUUUGGGAGGAAUUUCAUGGUAAAUACUGACUCAUAAGAUAUUUCAACUCUAUCCCAAUUACAGUGUUUAAGGAUUGAUUGAAAGAUUCUUCUUCAUUUUCUCUUAAUGGAAAUGGAAUGAAUUACCAGUUGUCAUUCAAAAAUGUGAUGAAAUUUGGAGAAAUUCUCUUUUUGAAUAAUAAUAGAAGUAACAUAAUGUAAUGACAAUUCUAACACCAGUGUAUCCAUACAUUAAUUCAGCAUAUAAUGUAUCGAAUUGUACAUUUACAAUUAUUGAAGAACAAUUGAAAUUAGCAAACAUUAUCAUGUAAAAGAUUUGCCUAUCUGAAUUAUAAUGGGUACUAUGAAUUACUUAUAAUAGUCUGACUUACUAAAGAAAAUCUAAUUUUUUGAUAUCUAUUACACGUAUCUGUAAAUAAGAGCAUUGUCUAAGAAUAAGGAUGAUCUAAUUUAAUGGAAAAGUCAUAUUGAAUCUAAAUUAAGAAAGUUAAAUAAGAUGUUAGAUGAAGGUGAUGUAAAUAAAGCAAUAGAAUUUCAUCUUUACCCCAAAAGUUUCCAAACAGAUUAUGUCUAAGGAGAUGAAAAUGAUACUCCUGGGUCUCUCUUUAAUUUCAGUGAGAGUUUUUUUUAUGGAAUCAGAAUAAAGGAUGAAGAAUUAGUUAAAGAAAAACUUGAUAUUGAAAAUAUUAUUAGAUAAUUUUGUGAUUGCCUUGAAGGUUAGAAGCCUUAUUUUAGAGUUCCAGAGAAUCUUAAUUUAGAAAUCAAAGUAAUUUAUCACUUAAUAUUUAGUCAUUGCAUAAGGAUUAGAUUCCAAAAAAAAUAAAAUCUGAAUUGUGA